ACUGCUGGCUGACCACUGAGUGGCUGAGGUAGAGCACCACCUUAGUGUCCGCUCCCACCCACCAGUAUCAGAUCUGCCCCCCACACACUGCCCAUCAACUGCCAUAGUCACAAGUCUGUUAACCUCCAGGACAGCCAGCAGCGUUGGGAGCCUCAGUGUCCCUCAGACAGGAUGACCAUCCUUCUACUGCUCACCUCCACACUCCUGUCCAGCUACUUCCAUCCAUGGGGAGUGGUGAACGCACAGUCAUUUACGAUAAGAAACAUCACCCUGUCCAUCGAGCCCAGUACUGAUGUGACACGGGACACCAAUGUGACUCUGAGAUGCCAGGCCCUCGUCAGCAUCUCGGGGCAGGCGGUGCUGAGUCGUGAGUACACUAUAUACAAAGACAGCAACGUUGUCUACACCAAGACCUCCAGCACCCCAGAGGAUCUACUGUACCUACUGCCCGAGGCCAGAGUCUUCAACACUGGCAAAUAUAAGUGCACGGUUAAAAUUGAGAGCAGAGAGAUGAGCAGCGACGUCAAGAAACUCACAGUAACAGGCCUGUCAAAACCAGUUCUCCACCUUAACAAGGGUGUGGUCAUUGAAGGGGAGGAGGUAACGGCCAGGUGUACGGCGCCUGGUGAGACAGGCUCCAUUUUCUUCUACUUCUUCAAGGACUCCAAAGAGUUCCAGGACAAGCACACCAGUUCCAACCAGGCAGAGAUCAAGCUUCACUUCAGCAGUGUUGGCGUCCACAAAAUUCACUGUUCCUAUACUGUCCUCGUAACGCCAGAGUCCUUUAAGUCUGAGGACAGCAACAAUGUCACUGUUUCAGUCAAAGAGCUGCCCAUCACAGCAGUUUUGGAGAUUGGCCCUCAGUACAAAAUCUAUGAAGGAGACCAACUCGACAUCUCGUGUUCCAUCAGCAACCUUCUGCACAACUCUGAAAGUUUCCAUCUCUACCUGAGCCAGGGGGACAGCCUUCUUAGCAGUGGAAACAAAACCACAACACUUAAACACGUCAUGGUUGCAAAGGCAAUUGAUCCUGGGGAGUUUGAGUGCAAAUUAGAGAUUGGAAAUAUAGUGAAAGUUGCCACAAAGAUACUUUCAGUGACUGAACUGUUUUCAGCACCUACUAUCACCAUAUCUCCAGCUGAAGUCUUUCAAAGGGAAAUUAUGAAAAUAACCUGCAGAUGUGAGCGAUAUGCCUCUGAAAGACUCACCAAGGAAGAUGUGACUUACACUCUUGAUCCACCACAAAGCUCGCUGAACCCCGGGGGCAAUGGAGUAUUUUCUGGCAGGGCCCUACAUUUUGAAUUCAACUAUACCUGUGUUGCUGAAGCCAAGGGCAUUAAGAAACACAGUGAAGCUCUGACUGUACGUCCUAAAGUUUAUGUCUCCGUGCCAAGGAUCUCUGUGGAUGGCAGGGCAGUUCUAGGAAAGCCCUUCAAGAUCCUCUGUCAGUCAGACAUUGGCAGCCUGCCGAUAAACUACACCCUGUUCAAGGAUUAUAAACCACUGAGCACAACCAGCAUCAAGCUGUCCUCUCAACAAGCUAUCUUUACAGUCACCAUCACCAAGCCUGAAGAAAUAAACAAGUUCAUGUGUGAGGCAAAGAACAGUCACAGGGAGGGCGGGCUCAGUAAAAAUCUCAUCACUGCUGUCAUAGAGCCUCUGUCGGACCCGACUGUGACCGUCCUCCCCAGCUUAGAAAACCUUUAUGAGGGAGGUUAUCUCGACCUCUUAUGUAGUAUAAGAGGAACUCCGCCGGUCACCUUUAAGUGGUACCGUGAAGGCCGUGAACAGCCACUUAGUACUACCACCUCCAACCAGAACUACACAAAACACAACAUCCCCUUGUUGUCUAAGGAAUCCAGCGGAAGAUACUACUGCGAGGCAUUCAACCACGCCAACAACGUCCGCAGUGACAAUGUCGACAUAGUGGUGCAACUGGCGCAAUGGAAGAAAGGUGUGAUCGUGGGGUUCUGUCUACUGGUGGUGUCGGUGUUGGUGGUGUUGUGUGUGCUGUGCUUCAGAUCCAAAAGAGAAAGCCUCCGAGCCCUAAAUCAGAUGACUCUUUAACAGUGAAUCUAACCUACGACACAGAGGUUUAUAACGCAGCCUCAGGUAGCUUGGUUUUACUAGUUUUCUAUGUACCACUGACUGUACUCAUUAGUCAUCAUCUUAACAGCCAUUAGUCAUUUAUCUUGCCUCAACAGUCAUGGCAUGGUUCCACAGCAAUCCAUUUUCAUCCCAUGAUUCAUGUUCUAAUAUGCAUGCAGGGCUCAUUUUGUGGUGACCUGGCUAACUUUGUUUAUGUAACAGUGUAUGUUGCUUUCCAGUUGUAGAUAUCCUGUUUAAGUUUAUAUGCACGCACAACAUAUGUACAUUUGAACGUAUUGUCUUCGUCUGUCUCUGACUUUUUGCAUGCACAUUGUGUUUGUGUCUAAGUCUGUAGUGCAGAGGCAGGAAAAAUAGGAUGUUGUUAGGAUAUAGUUGAUGUAGGAAGUAAACUCUGAGGUACAAGCUGUGCUUACGCAGGAAGAAGAUGCUUAAGUAGUUCAAUCAUCGUGACAUUGAUUGUCAAUUGUUGCAAAAUGCUUAGAGCGCCCAUUAUCAUCUUCUUCCAGACGCAGCGCCUCUCUAUGAUGGCACAGAGGGGAGAGUGACCAAUGGGGUGAGAGAUAGCGUGGCGUCGCUUCCCGCUGACUUCAGCAACAGGAGCAGCUACAGUAUCCCAGCCACAGUGUAGAGAUGCCCUACAGUGGGCGGGACUUUCAAUUCAAAUUUUUUUAAACUUUCAAAGAAAAGGAAGCUCUGAGAGAGGACUUUCAGAGCAGUAAUCCUGUUUAUGAUGCCAAGUGUUGUAGGAUUUGGACAUUUUCUGAUGAAUUUUCGGUGACAAGGAGGGGCGUGUUAUGAGAAACCAGGACCCGCUGCUCCCUCUCCCCUCCUCCUGCAAUCUAGAUGGCCUCUGAUUUUAUACCUAACAUUACUGUCUUUGUCCUUUGUUUCUUCAUUCGCCAUGUCCGUGUGAAUUGCUGUCCUUUAUUGUUGCAACGGCUCUAUUUGUCUGCUGUGCAUGUUUUAAUGGGCUGGGUGAUCUGUAUAUACAUUUAAUCACUAUCACGAGAAAUGUGUGUAUAUAUUUUUGGUUGAUCCUUUGACUGAUUGGAAGAGAAACAUAGAAUAAAGAUAUUGGUUUUAUUUAGAA